UAUUAUUAUUAUUAUUGUCAGACUUAAGACAUCAUCUGACAGCUGUAUAUUACCCAUAUAUUCUUCGAACGUAUUGAAAUGGCCUUUGUUUUAAAAUAGUUAAAAGUUUCUAAGGUUUUAAUCAUGUGUUAAACAUAAUUGGCCCACCGCUCCCUUGUCAAAAAGAGCCAUUCAUUAGAGCUGCGGUAUCAAUACACCGUGCUGGCACAUUCUUUGCUUACUACAGCUGUGCUACAUUUGUUGUGCGUUUUUUUUUAUUUAUUUUUUUAUUACAGACCUUUGAAAACUACAGGGAUACGUAGCUGGAAUAUUCGGAUAGCCCUAUGGUAAACAAACACGCAAUUCUGUCCACCUUUUGCUAGUUAUUAAUUUUACAGCGAAACCCUGAACCUUGGGUUACAGUGCUACCGUAUCAUAAAGAGCAGCCUCCUGUUUCAUUAUUAAAAAGAAGAUGGCGGAGUUCUCCCCAGUGCUACCACUAAGGGAUGGAGGCGGUCGGUUCGGACAACCAGUCUUCCCCAUGUCCCGCUCCGGUUCGGAGUCUGAAGCUGAACUGUCCCAGAGCCUGGCCCUGACCAAGACCCGCUCGUACGGCAGCACCGCCAGUGUAACCGCACCGCUGACAGAGAAAUACAUCGAGCACCGGGUCAGUGCGAGUGAUACUCUGCAGGGAAUCGCUCUCAAAUACGGAGUCACGAUGGAACACAUCAAGAGGGCAAAUAAACUUUUUAGCAACGAUUGUAUAUUUCUGAAGACAAGCCUAAAUAUUCCAGUUAUCUCAGAGAAAUGUACGUUUAAUGGACUAAACUCAUUAGAAUCGCCAGACAGCGAGGCCAGCGUGACCGUGGCGGACGACGACACUUCUUCUUCUUCUACCGCGUCUCCUUCUCCCAACACUCAGGAACCUGACAGCCAGCCCACUCAGCCAGAGGAACUGUCAGCCAAAGAUUACUUACAGAGACUGGACUUGAAAAUUCAACUCUCCAAACAGGCAGCGAGAAAACUUAAAGAUGAGGACAUCAGACUGGAGGGGGGAGACCAUGAGCAUGCAACCUCUUCAUACCAUACUCACUGAACCUGCUGAAUGGAGUCAUGAUGAGGACUCAAGCUGGAAAAGCUUUCUUUGUUUUUGGAGAGGCAGAGACAUUUCCAAGAGCAUGGACUGUUAUUUUUUGUUUGUUUGUUGUUUUGUUUUGGCAGUUUUUUUGUUUUAUAUUUAUUUUAUUAUUUUUGUUGUUUUUUUAUCUUAUGCUUUUACCAAACCAUCAAACAGGUACUUUUGAUUUGUGUUAUUUGCACUGAAACUGAAAGGGUAGUCUUUGCCUUGUUUUAUGGAACUGUCUAUUGCCACAGUACUGUGGUAGCAAAAACCCAUGUGAAUAUUAUCAUCAGAUGGGUAAGAGAUUUUACAUCAGGCAUUUACCAUGCUAAUACUGGUGCUGAAACCAAGCUAUUCAGAGCAGCAUGGUUACAAAUCUAGAUCUCAGCUAACUUAACAAGGGAAAAAAAGACAUACGGUGCUCAUUUCUUUUUAUGUGUAUUUACUUUAAAGACAGGAGUGAGUGGGCACUGAUCACUAGAUAUUACAUGGCUGUUGUGUGAAUCACUUAAUGGACAAAUUUUGUUUCCAAAGGCAUUGGCACCCAAUAAUUAAACAUUUUCACCACAAUAGCUUUAUUCUCAAUUCAUAUUGUUGUACUGCUUUUUGCUUCAACAGUACUGUGGAAAUUGACCUUGCCUUUUUUAUUGUAUUUUAUUUAUUUUUUUAAAUACAAGGUCCUUACUAUUAUAGUGAUAAUGGUGAGAGUGUGUUGAGGCUUCAGGCACCCAUGGCUGUCAUUGCACCCACAUGUCACACAAGCACAGACAUCUAUUUCGUUAGACUACAGUUGGACAACUGUGUGACCUUUUAACCCAGCUGAGGUUCAGAUAAACUUGCAAAAUAUAUCCGCAUGUCAGGAAAUUGACACUAUCGCGAUACUCCUAUAAAUGCAGUAAAUAUAUUCCUUUCUGAAAUGUAGUAUUCCUGUAAAUGUAUUUAUUUGUAUUACCAAUGCAAACUAUGGAAACCUCGGACUGUAAAUAAGCUGUGGGUGCGUGGAAGUGGGUUAUUCUUGUUUGCCUGUUCGAUGCUACUGAAUCUUUUCCGAAAGGGAUUAUUCUGUUUAGAAGCAUCCAUGUUUCGGUUGUGUGGUGAGUGAAGUUUGAACUAUUAUGGCUUUGAUUGUGUUUUAUUGUGGUUUUAUUGUAACUUAUGGUUUCGAAUACAUUAAAGAAUUCUAUGACAAAUGUACUUGUGUUUUUCUGAACCUUUUUCUUACCAACUGCUUUCAGUAACAGGGAUUUUGAGUCUUAAGGAUGUACUUCUGUUCUAUUUUUAUUUUUUUGUUUGUUUUCAUUUACUUUCUGUUGUUUGCGCUUGAAUGAUCUUUUUUACAGGCGUGCACCUUAUAUCAAAUCUUAAUAGAUCAAAGUUCCUCAAUCAUUAACAGCAUGCUGGAUGAUGAAAGCUUGUGAUUUUAAAUUAGAACUGAUUAGUAAUUGGUUUGAAAAUUAAGCCCUUCGCGUCAUCAGUUACAACAUAUGAAAAGACAAUAUAGUUUUCUUUUUUCUGUUUACCUAAACACUUUGUUUAUCUUCAUUAACUACAGUAUCCACCAAACCUCUUUGCAAGUAUUGGAUGUCGAAUUAAUUCAAUUAAAAGCUAUCCAGGCAAAUGAACCUAAUAUAACUGUUAAAUAUAAUACAUCUUCAUUAUAGUUCUGUUCCCAGUAUUCAGG